AUGUCUCCUUGUAAAUGCGUGCGCGUGUACGUGCGUCCGUGUGUGUCCAACCUGGAUCUCGUUGUGGACGUGGCCAAGACACGCUGGCUUGCGCGCGCGUGCACGUGCUGCCGGGACCUUCCACGUGGCCCAGAACACACUCAGUUUCCAUUCGGGGGCAGUCGGGAGCGCGCGCCUGACGCAGUGCAGAACCCACGGCGCGUUCACGUAACCGCAGCAGCCGAAGCAGAAGGCACUGCUACUGGCGCCAUCAUGGAUACAUAUCUGAGCAGACUGGUCCCUUCAGUUCUGGUUCUGGCUCUGGUCCUGCAGGUUCACCUGUCCCAGGCUGCACCUCAAAGAGAGGAACCAGAACAAGCCCACCCAGAUUCCAAAGUGCUGAUCAAUCCUUUUGGUUCAGGAGAAGAAGAGCGAAGGUUGCUGCAGCGUUACAUCCAGUUAACAAGAAAAGAUGAUGUUCAGAUCAACUCACGGGAUGAAGAAGUGUUCUACCUGUUUCGUCUCUAUGACUUCGACCGCAGUGAGCGGCUGGAUGGCUUGGAGAUGAUGAAGCUACUGUCUGACUACAACUCCCAGCAUGCACCUGAGGAACAAGCCAAUGGCAUGGUGGUGUCCUUGGUGGAUUUCCUUCUUCAGAGUCAGGAUGGUAACGGGGAUGGUCUCUUGGAUGCCUCAGAGCUGCUUUUGCCUCACAGAGCUCACACAGAGAACAAGAACAUCCCCGUUGACGAGCCAAAGGCGAUACUGGACGAGAGGAUGCCAGACGUUGGCACCAAGCAGAAGACGAUGGAAGCGGCCAAGCAAGAGGAGGAACAUGAUGAACAUGUUCAGCCUCAUCACGAGGAAGUACAACAAGAUAUUGGAGAACAAGAGUCCAUACAGCAAAUGGAUGAACAUAAAAGACAACAAGUUCAAGAAGACUUUGCAGCAGAUCAGAGGCAUGAACAGGAAGUCCCUGUACAUCAGGGCCAACCAGAAAUAUGAACAAACACAAAGUGCUGCAGUGGACUGAUGGAAUACACAUAUGGUGGUCUAGGAUUAUACAUUAUAUUGAUAUCCAUUAUCUCAGACCACUUCUUUGCACUUUUUAUGCAACUGGAGCAAAAAGAAAUAUUAAAUUAAAAAAUGCAAUAUUUGAUUCAAACUAUUUCAAUGUUGUAUAUUUAGUGUGAUGGAAUUUAGAAUUUUUAAAACCAUUGGACAUGGUUUUCGGGUUGUGUUCUUUUUAGGGAUCGAUACCGUUUACAUGUCGUGCACCCAGUAGGUGUGUGGCGUGCACGGUGCAAUAAAAUCAGCCAGUGUCUUCCUUCCUCGACAUGUUUUCUCAUAUGCUGAACCUCAAUUUACAAAGUUAGGCACAAUUGGUGAGGUGAAUUUCAAUAAACAUCACAUUACUUUAGCUUCCCCCAAAUUAUGUCUGUUUCUCCAUUGCAGUGUACUAUGAUUUGGUUAAAUUAUUGCUAUAAUUGUGUCUUUUUAUCCCUUUUCUGGACCAUUUACACGCACCCAUGAAACCCAGAAAUAGUUUUGUAUUAAUUUGUACAGUGUAAUAUGAUUGAAUACCAUGUGACUGUCUACGUAUGUAUUUAAAAGGAAAAUUAUUACGUGUGAAUCGCAAGGGAAGCUGCUAUAAAUAAGGAAUGGAUAAAAUUACAUGAUAUAUUUAUUUCAUAAAGCAGUAAAGAGGCAGGGUAUACUUUUCAUUUAAAAACUAUUCAUGAUAAAUGACAAGUAUUACAGUGUACUUAUACUAGUCAUGUUUUUUAUACAGGUAUUGUGAUUUUUUUUAUAUGACACAUAUUUCAUCUUUGCUGUGGUUAAUGACGUCACGGGGACCUCUCCCAGAAGUUAUGUUAUCUUGCCUGUCUUCGAAUCCCACAUAUGACGAUUAGUGUUGGCUCGUAAGUGAACGAUUCAUUCAAAAGACCAAAUGUAUUCAGUGAACGAAUCACUUCCUAAACAUCCUGCUCACAACACACUGUUUGUACUAUGUGUCCUCUCUGCAUCCAUUGCAGCCUGGUCAUCCUGGAAGAGGGACCCUCCCAUCUGUGGUCUCUUCUCAAGGUCAUUUUUCACAUGUCCUGAGUGUUGUUAGUCACCUAAAUGUUGAGCAGAGGCUGUGAUGUACCGAAGUCAAAUUCCUUGUUUGGCACGCUCAAACAUGGUGAAUAAAAACUCUUGAGUCUUGAAAUUUA